AUGGUUAAAAAACCUACCAACAACAACAACAGCAACAACAUCAACAACAACAGCAACAACAUCAACAACAACAACAUUGAUGACACAGACAACUCGCUCGACGAAGAAAAAUUAUUGGCCAUUGGAAAGUCCUUUUACAGUGACGUUUACAAUCUGGACUGCAACAACACAGCAGACAUAGAUGACGUCAUCAUCAACAACAACAACAACGAUAUUGAAAACAUCAACCCAACAACAACAACAACAACGUCACAGCAAUGUCGUUGUGGGAGUUGUGGCGAGCCGAUCUUCGAAGAGCAUCUUCUAAAGGUUGGAGGUUUCAAUCAACCAUGGCAUGUUUCCUGCUUGAAGUGCUGUGUUUGCCAGCAGCUGCUAGCCGACGAUGAGGCCUGCUACUGCAGAGCCAACAACAUCUACUGCAAAGACGACUACUCUAACCACAGGCUUGUUAUUGUGGUUGUUGUCGCAGCUUCUCUGACGACAUUGUUAUUACAGCUAUCAACAGGGGAGGAGUUUGCUUUGCAUGACGAUAAACUACUCUGCAAACUCCACUUCGUUGAAAUGGUGGUCAGCCUAAACGCCAGCGAUGCCGGUCAGUUUUUCGGCGGGAAAUUUUUUAAAAAGUUCCGUUCGUUCGAAUUCGUAUUUGCGUAUGUAUGUUUGAGGAUUCUGCAUGCCAACUUUCGGGUGGAUAGCAAUCCGGAUGGCCAGGAUUUGGAGAGGAUUGCCCAUCAGACCGGUCUGUCCAAGAGAGUUACUCAGGUGUGGUUCCAGAAUUCCAGAGCCAGGCAGAAGAAACAC